GGUCAUAGUGCCAUCAGUUAGCUAGCAGCGACUUUUUAGCAGUUACGCAGCUGGGAACGCAGCGCGUAAGAUGACAUAAUGGUAAAGUGUUUCAGAUAAAAGUGGAAAUUCCCACAAAAGCGGACCUAAAUAGGCAGCAGUGUUUCAGAGUGCAAUUACGGUGCGUGUUGGAAACGAAUGCCUAAUUAGACUGACACGGCGCUCACGGAGGAAUUAUCUAGAAAGCAGUAGUUCCUAGUGAAGUAGCUGAGAAAUUGCAGCCAUUUUCGCCGGUCAAAAAGGACGAACGCCAACGCGCAAUUAACUGUCCUGUUCGCUAAAAUAACGUUUCAGCUACUGGCUAGUGUAGCUCUAGCUAGCUAUCAGAAUUCACUCAACCACUGUUGCUAGCGAACAGCUAGCUAUCAAACUGGAAACGUGGAUAUUAUGAAGAGUCUUCCGUAUUUCUGUCGGGGAGAGGUUAUUCGAGGAUUUGGCCGCGGAAGCAAGGAGCUGGGCAUCCCCACUGAAUGGGCUGAACGCAGUGGCGCGCAUACGCGGGUGACCUCUCAGCUGCAGCCCGCCAGGUUCGCGGCGUGGGGGGCAGCCAGAGCAAAUUUCCCGGACUCGGUGGUGGAGCACCUCCCAGCAGACAUUUGCACGGGGAUCUACUAUGGCUGGGCGUCUGUGGGGGGCGGAGACGUGCACAAGAUGGUCAUGAGCAUCGGCUGGAACCCCUAUUACAAGAACACCAAGAAAUCCAUGGAGACUCAUAUCAUUCACACGUUUAAGGAGGACUUCUAUGGGGAGAUCCUGAGUGUGGUUAUGGUGGGCUACAUUCGCCCAGAGAGGAGCUUCGACUCACUGGACGCCCUCAUCACGGCGAUUCACGGAGACAUCGAGGAGGCGAAGCGGAGGCUGGACCUGCCUGAGGACCGAAAACUGCAGGAGGACAACUUCUUCAGGACAUUCCCCAAGCAGAUCAUGAAUGGCCACUGACCCCCGGUCCCGCCCCGCCCCUCUCCCCAGCAUCGGAAGCUGUUAAGCUGUCUGUUACACUCGUCUGCCAGUCCUUCACGCGUCCAGUGUAGUUAUUCAUAGUUACUUUUUGUUUUGUUUUUUUUAGUAAAUGCAACUCUCUUAAAAUAUGCAUCCAGCUGCUGUUGUGGAUGGAGGAGGUUCACUGAGGUCCGUUGGGACCUUUUCCUCUGCUUUUGAAACUAGGCUUGGACUUUGGCGUAGAGCACUUCCUGUCUGUGAAGGUUGUAGUCCAGCCACUCCAGUUUAGAGUUAAUGUUGACAGGACGUCGAGAGCCAGACUACAUCUGAAUGGGAACCUCACUUGAUCCGAUAACUUUUUUUUUUACGUUGUGGCCGUGUCUGUCCUUCUUGGUGUGUAUGUCCAUUCAAUCCCUCUCCAGGUAGAAUCCAUGUUGGGUUUUUGCUUGUGCUGGUGCACCCUUCUGGGGUGUCUCCUCCUGGUGCCCAUUUGGCUUCAUCCCCCUCUCAGGGCCCAGAUCCAGGGAAAGGCCCCUCUCCUCCUUUAUGCUGAUCAGCCAAUCAUAUGCAGGGCAGUUUAGUUUAUUGACAGUUGGUGUUUUGUGAAUGUAAUUGUUUUUUUCUGGGCAGUCUUUGUGGUCACAUGUUUAGGCCAGUUCCAGUCUGUGCUCAUUGGUUUUUACGUGUACCAGAGUCACAUGACUAAGGCAGUUAAGUGUGCACUGAGCUCUUAUACUAUUAAUUUAUUAUUUUUAAUUUAAUAUACAUAAAAAGCCCUUUGUCGGGGGGAAGCUGACUUACCAGAGGGGUUGAGGUCUAAAUUUGAUGACCCGACUUGUGAACUGUCUGUAGGUGGGACGUGUAUGAGAGAUUGGCGAGUUUACCUCACUGUAAAUAAUAAUUAAGACAAUUUGCGAAGCAAAUUUGGGUUUUUAUCUUGACGGUCUUGGUAUGUAUUUGAGUGCUAGAAUAUUAUGGAGAGUUCGGUCGUGCUCUCAGCUGUAAGCGUUUGUAUUUUUGUAGAGUGCGGGAGUUACGGAGGAGUUCAUAUCCCGAUUGUAAAUAGCUGUACGUGGAAUAAUUUGUGCUGAACAGUAAUAUGUGAGAGUAAUAUUUAAUGCAGAAAGAAGAGUUUAAAAAUAGAGUUUAAGAGACUUAUGAUGCGGCGUGCGAGACGCUGACACCAUGAACCUGUGGAACGGUUGUCAUCUUUACUGAGCCACUCGGCGGCUGCAGGGUGUCCACCAUUUGGUGCCUUAGAGACGGUUUGGGGCUGUGUUCCAAAGACCAGGGGCCUGUCCUGUUUAAAGACACAGAGGCAUCAUCUCCAACCACACUACCGACACUACCACCACACCAAGCCCACUCACUAUAACCAAUAAUACGAGUACCACACCAAGCCCACUCACUAUAACCAAUAAUACGACUGCAACACCAAGCCCAGUCAUUAUAACCAAUAAUACGACUACAACACCAAGCCCAGUCACUAUAACCAAUAAUACGACUACCACACCAAGCCCACUCACUAUAACCAAUAAGACGACUACAACACCAAGCCCAGUCAUUAUAACAAAUAAUACAACUACAACACCAAGCCCAGUCACUAUAACCAAUAAUACGAGUACCACACCAAGCCCACUCACUAUAACCAAUAAUACGAGUACCACACCAAGCCCACUCACUAUAACCAAUAAUACGAGUACCACACCAAGCCCACUCACUAUAACCAAUAAAGACUACACACCAAGCCCAGUCAUUAUAACCAAUAAUACUGCUACAACCACCCCCCCAUUUUCACCAAGCUUUUCUGUACUGCAUUAAUAAUUCAUGGCACAAGUAAUCUGCAUAUUUCAUAUUAAUAACCAGUAACCUAGAAAACUGUAAGCGCUGUCAUGCAGCACAGCAAAGAAUCUUCUGUCGCCUGUUUCCCUGUAACUUAGCAACAGCCGUUAAGCCCCGCCCCUGUUGGGAAGCGGCUAACCUACUUAAUAACAAAGUACAGGUGUCCGUGGCAACGGUGGGAAAGAAGCCAUGAUGAUAACGCUGUCCUUGAUGUACGGCGUUAACAGUUUAGCCCAAAAUCAGGGGCUGCGCACGCACGCACGCACGCACGCACGCACGCACGCACGCACGCACGCACGCACGCACGCUCUGUCCGUUUAAGCCACUCUCACAUGGGCUGUUGGGUCCGGGGAAUAUCAAGGAGUUUUAUUGAAACAAUCCAUUUGUGUCACUAUUGAAAUCACUUCAGGGGUCCUGGAGGGCCACAGAGCCUCCGGGUUUAGCUCCAGGCCUGGAGGGCCACAGCGUCUGUGGGUUUAACUCCAGUCCUGGAGGGCCGCAGGCCGCGUGGGGUUUACUCCAGUCCUGGAGGGCCGCAGUGGCUGCGGGUUUAACUCCAGUCCUGGAGGGCCGCAGCGUCUGUGGGUUUAACUCCAGUCCUGGAGGCUGUGUUUCAGCACUUAAAUGAUUGAUUGGCUAAAGAGUUCACACACCUGGUUUCCAAGGUCUAAUUGGCUGCUGACUGAAAGGGAACCACAAGGACCCCUGGACACUGAAGUUCCAGUUUAAAUUCCCUGUUGCACGGGGUUAAUCUGUUUUAUUAAGGAAGAAUACAUUCCCAUUAAAUGGCAGAUUAUAUUACACCUGUGUUUUGCUAAUUUAUGGCACUUUCUAAAUGAAUUGUUAAUGAAUUCACAGAAAGAUCUGGAACACAGAACCGUUUGUUUUGGGAAUAUUGUCUGAAUUUAAAGAAUAUAUAAAUAUAUAAUAUAUUUUUAGUUCAUUGUUUAAUGUUUCUCUUCCCCCCUCUCCAAGCCCACAGCCUGUUUUAGGGACCACUGUGUGUUCACCAUUCUGUGCUGGAGAUUUUUGGUUUUCGUCCUGACCGUUUUUCCUUCUGUAGGCUGCUGUAAAUGUUCUGUUUCAUUAUUAAAGUGAGCUGCAGUUGAA